AUGGCGGUGCGGUCCAUGCAAGCAGCGCGGUGCCCCACUGAUGAGCUCUCCAUUUCCAACUGCGCCGUGGUCAAUGAGAAAGAUUUCCAGUCUGGCCAACAUGUGAAUGUGAGGACUUCCCCAAACCAUCGCUAUAUAUUCACCGUCAAGACUCACCACACCAUACUGCCAGGAAGCAUUGCGUUCAGUCUCCCGCAGAGAAAAUGGGCUGGACUCUCCAUUGGACAAGAUGUGGAAGUUGGGGUAUACACCUUUGACAAGACCAAACAGUGCAUCGGCACCAUGACCAUAGAGAUUGAUUUCCUGCAGAAGAAGAGCAUCGACUCCAACCCUUAUGACACGGACAGAAUGGCAGCGGAAUUCAUACAACAGUUCAACAACCAGGCCUUUUCUGUAGGCCAGCAGCUGGUGUUUAGUUUCAAUGACAAGCUUUUUGGGUUAGUGCUGAAAGAUAUAGAGGCCAUGGAUCCGAGCAUUCUUAAAGGAGAACCGUCAACAGGAAAGAGGCAGAAGAUAGAAGCUGGACUGGUGGUAGGGAACAGCCAGGUGGUUUUUGAGAAAGCCGACAGCUCCUCUCUGAAUCUCACAGGUAAAUCGAAGACAAGGCAGGACCGUCAGUCUAUUAUCAACCCAGACUGGAACUUUGAGAAGAUGGGCAUUGGAGGGCUGGAUAAAGAAUUCUCCGAUAUCUUCAGGAGAGCCUUUGCCUCCCGAGUCUUUCCACCAGAGAUUGUGGAGCAAAUGGGCUGCAAGCACGUUAAAGGCAUUCUCCUUUUUGGCCCGCCUGGUUGCGGCAAGACCCUGAUGGCUCGUCAGAUCGGUAAAAUGUUGAAUGCCCGCGAACCCAAAGUCGUCAAUGGGCCUGAAAUUCUGAACAAGUACGUGGGAGAGUCCGAGGCAAACAUACGCAAACUCUUUGCAGACGCAGAGGAGGAACAGAGACGGCUGGGCGCCAAUAGUGGGCUACACAUCAUCAUCUUUGAUGAAAUAGAUGCCAUCUGCAAGCAAAGAGGGAGCAUGGCAGGCAGCACUGGCGUCCAUGAUACUGUGGUCAAUCAGCUGCUGUCCAAGAUAGAUGGUGUGGAGCAGCUUAACAACAUUCUAGUCAUUGGGAUGACUAACAGGCCUGAUCUGAUAGAUGAAGCUCUUCUGAGACCUGGAAGAUUGGAGGUGAAGAUGGAGAUUGGGCUUCCUGAUGAGAAGGGUCGCCUGCAGAUCUUGCACAUACAUACAGCCCGGAUGAGGGAGCACAGCCUUCUCUCAGGGGAUGUGGAUGUUGGCGAACUGGCACAAGAAACCAAAAAUUUCUCUGGAGCAGAACUGGAAGGGCUAGUGAGGGCAGCCCAGUCAACAGCCAUGAAUCGGCACAUCAAGGCAACCACUAAAGUGGAGGUUGAUAUGGAAAAGGCAGAAUGUCUGCAAGUGACAAGAGGAGACUUCUUCACUUCUUUAGGGAAUGACAUAAAACCUGCUUUUGGAACAAACCAAGAGGACUAUGCCAGCUACAUAAUGAACGGCAUCAUUAAAUGGGGCGACCCUGUUACUCGGGUUCUGGAUGAUGGAGAGCUGUUAGUCCAGCAAACGAAAAACAGCGAUCGUACGCCGCUUGUUAGCGUUUUACUUGAAGGACCUCCACAUAGUGGCAAAACAUCCCUGGCUGCCAAGAUCUCCGAGGAAUCAAACUUCCCAUUCAUUAAGAUUUGCUCGCCGGAGAAGAUGAUCGGGUUCUCUGAGACAGCCAAGUGCCAGGCCAUAAAGAAGAUCUUUGAAGAUGCAUACAAGUCCCAGCUGAGCUGUGUUGUGGUUGAUGACAUUGAGAGACUCCUAGACUAUGUCCCUAUCGGUCCUCGCUUCUCCAACUUAGUGCUGCAGGCUUUACUUGUCCUUUUGAAGAAGGCCCCUCCUCAGGGUCGCAAGCUGCUAAUUAUUUGCACCACCAGCCGCAAGGAUGUGCUUCAGGAAAUGGAGAUGCUCGAUGCCUUUAGCACAACCAUCCGAGUCCCCAAUAUCGUCACAGGUGAACAGCUCAUGGAAGCUUUAGAGCUCCUGGGCGGUUUCAAGGACAACGAAAGAUCGGUAAUCGCUCAACAAGUUAAAGGCAAAAAAGUCUAUAUCGGAAUUAAAAAACUGCUGAUGCUGAUUGAGAUGUCCAUGCAGAUGGAUCCGGAAUAUCGGGUUAGCAAGUUCCUUGCUCUACUCAAAGAAGAGGCCACAGAACCUGUCCAUCGUGGCUAUGACU